AUGGCCAGCGCUAAUAAUUCAUUUGCGCUUCAUUUCCAGUUCCACUUCGAUUUAAUUUCAUUCCGUUCCAGCAGCAGCAGCUUAAAUACAAAAUUGUGCAUCAAAUAACGUUUUGUUUUGAAGUUUUGUAUCAAUAGUGUUAAUGGUUGUGCGCUAAGUUCUUUAUGCAUUGGAUAAUGGAAGAACGACGCAGGUGCACUACAGUGCGGCAGUUAGAAGUCAUAAUAGAAUUUUUGGAAGGCAAUCGAGACCUUGCUCUUGGCCGGGCGAGGUCCAAGGAAGCAAGGGAAGUUGCUGCCCGACUGUGGCAAGAGUGCGCCGAAGUGCUGAAUUCUUUGGGGCCUGCGAGAACAGGAAAGGAGUGGUCAAGGGUAUGGAAUGAUCAAACAACAAAAGUCAGAGCAAAACUUUUUAAAAUUAAUGCAAGUCAAACAGCCACUGGAGAGGGACCUAGCAGUGCACCCACACUGACCCCUCUAGAGGAAAAAGUAGCCAAUAUAAUAGGCAGACCCCUGCCUAAGGUGGCUAAAAAUCACUCCAUCGAUGAUGACAUUAUAGAAAAUGAGGAGGUGAUAGAAAUUGAAUUUGGAGAAAAUGAAAGUUCACCUUCGUCAAUCGAUCACUCAUAUUAUCAAGAUCCUUUAAAAGAGGCACCUGCGGCAGAUGAAGAUCUUAGUGAAUAUUCGCCUCAGGAAAUACCAGACUCGCCAGUGUCAGGUAUGCAGUAGGUAUUUAUUAUACAGGGUAUGGUAUUGAAAAACAACA